AUGGUCUCUUCAACUUCUCCCCUUGUGAUGUGGUUCCUUUUCAUUUUCAUUAUUGUCAUGUUCAUACAAUUAGGCGAGGGUCGACGUACCAGAGGCCAUCGUCAGCCACAUAAUCAAGAGUCACCAUCAAAACCAGAACCCAGAAAGGAACACCCUGAUAUUCCCUCAUUGCCCGUCCCAACGAGCCCACCACCACCACCAACACCACCAAUUAUAUCGGGAAAGGAGCCCGUCCCAACGAUCCCCCCGCCACCACCAAUUAUACCAGGAAAGGAAAACCCUGUUCUUCCCUUAUUGCCCGUCCCAAUGAGUCCCCCGCCACCACCAAAUCACGAGUCACCCUCGUUACCAGACCCAAACCCAAUUUUACCCGGAACGGAAAACCCCGAUCUUCCCUCGUUACCAGAACCACCAAAUCCUGAAUCACCCUCGUUACAAGACCCAACCUUACAGAGAACGGGUAACCCAGAUCUUCCCUUAUUGCCCGCCCCAAUCAGUCCGGGACUACCAAAUCCCGAAUCACCUUCACUACCCGAUCCAAUUUUACCCGGAACGGAAAACCCCGAUCUUCCCACUUUACCCGACACGGAAAAUCCCGAUAUUCCCACUUCACCCGACACGGAAAAUCCCGAUAUUCCCACUUCACCCGAAACAGAAAACCCCGAUCCGGUCCCAAUCAGCCAGGAACAACCAAUGCCCGAGACACCUUCAUUACCAGAAAUUCCCGAAAUUCCCGAUCUUCCCUCAAUGCCAUCCCCAAUCUUGCCAAUCCCAAUCUUGCCAAUCCCAAUCGUCCCGGAUCUACCAGAUUCUAGGUCACCCUCACUACCAGACCCAACCUCUCCGAAUACAGAAAACCCCGACCCGAGACAACGAAAUCCCAUACCACCCUCCAUACCGGUUCCAACCGACCCGGGACUACAAAAUCCCGGACCACCCCCACUACCGGACCUAGCCAAUCCGGGACUACAAAAUCCCGGACCACCCCCACUACCGGACCCAGCCAAUCCGGGACUACAAAAUCCCGGACCACCCCCACUACCGGACCCAGCCAACCCGGGACUACAAAAUCCCGGAACACCCCCACUACCGAUCCCAGCUGACCCGGGACUACAAAAUCUCGAACCACUCCCACUACCGGUUCCAGCCGACCCGGGACUACAAAAUCCCGGUCCACCUCUACUACCGAUCCCAGCCGACCCGGGACUACAAAAUCCCGGUCCACCCUCACUAUCGGUCUUGGCCGACCCGGGACAAGAAAAUCCCUCAUUUCCAUCCACCAACUACUAUCCCAGCCGAAACUGA